CUUAACGUGAAAUGUGUUGCGCGUUCCGCAGAAUAUAUUUAAACAAUUAUCGAGAAAAAUUUAUUAAGAGUCCGCAGCUGUUGGUAAAGCCAUACCAACCCAAGGGGGCCCAUGGGGCCCCAUGCAUGGAAAAUACGUUUACUGACGGAUUUACGACUGCUACAAAUAUCAUAACAUUUAAUCCGCAAUGUGUUAUUAAUUUUUGCGUGUACGAUCAUCGCGAUAUUUCGCGCGACCAGAUGCGGGACCUUGAACGGCUCUUCGUGAAAACGAGAUUUGUAUAUUGCGUCUGCACGUAUGUAUGAUACGAUUUCGACAAUGCUUGGCAUGGCCUAAUGUUUCUCGACGUAGACUGGCAUCGAUUUCUGUAAGGUCAGCCGAGAGAAAGUUUUUUUCGACAAAGAAACGUCACGGAUACUGAAUCGUGACGAUCCCGACUAUCAUCCGUGAACUCGUGAGGCACAGAAAACUGGAGCAUGGUGUUGAAAAAUGGGAAAUCCCGAUAGGUUAGGAACUAUCUUGGUGCAGCUUAACUCACACGAGUGGACACGUGCUUUGUUGGAUGUGAUUGCGCGAGGCGAAUAAAAUGAUGGAUUAUAGUCCGUACAUUCAUCACCAAGCAAUGCUGGAUAAUCAGCAAUGUUACACGCCGUACAUUGACACGAUGGCAUUCUACCAUCAGCAGCAGCGUGAUCAUGAGCGUCAUCACUUGACCGAGGAGGAAAGCGAGCAGAUUGGCGACGAGGCUCACGAAAUGAUGACUCCCGCCACGUCCGGAGAGCGCAGUUCCAGCGCGGAUCUGUUUAGAUUAGAAUUUGCAGCGGCACAAUGGAGCAAGCUGGUUUCUAAUGCAGAGGGUCUGUUCACGAAGCUCAUGACGAGCAACGUCCUACCGCACACCGAUCAGGAUCAGAUCGAGCAAUGGCUGUGCAUGAAGCAAGAGUACGAGGAGUGUAUAGCUAACGAUGAUAACACCAGCUUGCAAGGAUACCCGGACAACAUGCGAAGAUCGUUGGAGCGUAUCGAGGAAGUGACCGAGACCGACGAGAAGACGGACGAAUCGGCGAAUCAGAUGAAACUCAAAAUGAAUCCGAAUUGUAUUUCCAGCUCGGAGAGCGAGCUGUCCGAAGCCGAAGACGACGACGACGAGGACGACGAGGACGAGGAGGAAGAUAACAGCGACGCGAGCUCGGAAAAUCCAGAUUUCUUGGACAAACUGGACGAGUACAUAAAUAAGUUCAAGAUAGAGACAGACGGUAUUGUUGACUCGAAGAAGGAUGACUUCCGAGAGACGAACAUCGAGAUUAUAUCGUCAGUGACGAAAUCCAUGAACAAUAAUUACGUGCCGGUGUCUCGUCCGGCAAGGAAUCCAAACUCCAGGAGAAACUCGAUGCUCCCGGGUUCGGAUAUGUGUAACGAAGUGUUAGUCUUCAACGACAGUCUGAAACCUUGCCAGAAUCAAAUUCUUGAAAAUCACAUGACGGACUAUGCCAAUUCGUGUGUGCUGGACAAUCAUGGAUCGGAGAUUAACGACAACUUUGUUGCGGCGCAAAAUGACAAUUCGCCGGAUUUAUUGCUGGAUGCCCUCAACACGGAUGUACCUGAGCCGGUCAAGGAGCUGAAGGCCUUGACGCUGAAUAACGAGGCGAAACAAACGCAAGUGAAAAAGAUUCAGUCGAACUUGGACGGAGCGCAUAAACGUAUCGAGGAGCUGCAAACGACGAUUAAUAUCAAGCAACGUUUCAUAGCGGACAUGAUAAAGAAUUCCGAUACGCGCACUAACGCGAAACAGAAAUUUCAACGUAAACGUAGUAAACUUGAGGAGGAAUAUUACAACACGAGGACGCAAUUGGCACAGGCGGAGAACGCUUCCAUGUACAAGGAUUCCGACGAAAAAUCGGCGCACAAGAAAGAAAUUGAACUGAUGAAGAACAUGGCGAUACAUUACGGGAAACGACUGAUGGACAUAGAUAUGAUAAAGCAGAUCGCCGGAGACUCGGCGAAGAAAGUCUUGGAGCUGGAGGCUUCACUGAAUACGUCCAAGAAGCAAAUGGAUAAGCUGAAACGGCAACUCAAGAGAGAGGAGGAACGUAAGAAGCAGCUCGAGGAGGAGCUCGCGAAAGAUCAGCAGAAGAUUCGCGAACUGGAAGAGAAGUACAAUCUUACCGCUUCCAAGUUAAAGGAGAUGCAAUCGGAGAGCGAGGACGAGAAGCACAGCCUGGCAAAGUCCAAGAUCGAUUGCGCGGACAAAAAGAAGAAUCUGCUGGACGUAAGCGCAAGGAUAUCCCACCUAGACCACGUUCUGAAGGAAAAGUCGAUGGAUCUGGAGCGUACCGCGGACAUGGACGAAAAGGAGGCGUUGCGGCACGAAAUCAGAAAUUUGCGACACACCCGGGACUGCCUGGUGGAUGAGAAGUGCGAUCUGGACGAGAAGUUGCAGAAGGAAAGAACAUUGACUACCGUUGAGGAACGCAAGCUGCUGGAAUGCGGCGAGACGAUCGAGGCGAUCGACGCGAUGAUUGAGCACAAGAAUGAGAUGAUCUGCGGGCGGAAGGACUUCGACGAGAAUCAGUCGCAACGUGAGAAGGGCGAGAGGAUGCUGACGGAACGCCUGAAAAAGCUGUCGCACGGCGAGAUAAUCACGCUAUUCAUGAAGUACUUCCGCAAGGUGAUCGAUCUGAAGGAGAGCUCGAAGAAUCUUGAGGUCCAGACAUCAGAACUGGAGGCGCUUAUCUCAAAUCAGGAGUGGCGGCUGAUGGAUUCCGAAAGGAGAAUGGUUCUCUUGCAGAGACAGUACGAGGACAAGCUGCAUCACGUGUUCAGGCAUUUUGCGGAGGAGACGAGUAAUUCCGGUCACGAGAGACUGGACAAAGACUCUGAGCUCAUGAGGUAUAGACGGGAGAAUCGGAUGCUGAAGAAACGGCUGGCGGACGUCGAGGCCCUUUUCAAGGGUACAUCGCUUCCGCGUGCGACUAGUCCGUGUCGGAUUCCACAGCAGGGAUUGAAGCAGAUCGCUGCGAAUACUCAAUCGACAACCAAAGUCACUAGGCAACGGAACAAGCUGAUAAUCCAAAAGACGACUGACUGCGAUAAGAGAAAAAAGUGAACCUAUUUAGAAAAAAGUGAAAUGUUAGUCUCCUUCUGAUUGCGUGUUCGCAGUCGAUGUGUUCGAUUCAUAUAUGUUCGGUGUACACAGAUGAAGUUGAAGUAUGACAGACUUCUGUAAGACUAAGUUUCGCUUCUUGGCAUUGUUAACCGUAAUUUUAUAGUUUAUCAUAGUUGCUAAUGUGAUAACAGUUUCACCGAGAAACAAUUACCUCUUCUGUAUUUUUGUAGGAUGCGUAUCGCUGUAUCGUAAAAACGUAUUGUAUUGUAGCAUUAAAUACUCGUUUACUUUAUACAGACAACUUAAGGAUCCAACGAUGAUUAUACUCGUAUAAGUAUGAAUUUACUGCAUGCUAACUAUUGUAUUUAUUACACAGAGCAUAAGCUACGAGGGAGCUAUCGUACAGCUCCCUCGUAGCUCCACACUCAAGCUCAUAAUUUAAUAUUUCGGUAUGAUAUCCAAGAAUAUUUCUGAAUCUCAUUCGCGAAGAACACAUUUGCAAGUGUUAUUAUUUGAUCUAGUAAGUGCCAUGUUCAUGUAAUUAGACAUUUAUCAUUAUGCGUCAUAAUUGAGCGCAUAAUCCUGGUUUAUAUGCGACAAAAAGCAAGCUAGAGGCUUUUACGAGCCUUUUCAAUUAAUAAUGCUCAAUUGUUAUUAUAUUUACAUUAAGCAAUAUUUAAUACUCGAAUUAAUUUCGAACCAUCCGAACAACUUUACCAUACCAAUUGAUAUUGCUAUUAGUUGCCACGAAAUUAAACAAUUGUGCUUGAAGUUAAGCUAAUUAAAAAUCUAGUUAUUGACUAGAGAGACAGUACAACAAUCUGAUUAGAAUACGUUUAAAAUUUUAACAACACACUGUGCUAGGAUUGUUAAAAUUUUAAUGGACUGCUCAACCAUCGUAUUUUCCGAAUAUACGCAUAAUGCUGAAAUUGCACUCCGCAUUAUAUUUUACUUGUCACUCGGCUAUUUAGUAUUGCUCGUAUAGUAUUGCUCAAAAAACAUAUUUGAUGAACAUUGAUCUCUGUAUUAUUAAUUCUCACAUUACCGAGAUAUUUGUUGAACGCACAGCCAAAACGGGGUCGCUCAUUUUUCUUCAAAGUCACUGUUGGAAUUACCACAUGACUGCAAUUUAAGACAUUGUCUAUUUUAAAUAGUAACUAUAAACUUUAAGUUGUAAACCUUAGCUACUACAAUCUUUUAUCAGAAAACGGAACACCUACAACCUGUUUUCGGCUGGGUAGAAUUGAUAUUGUUUCGUCAGGCGUAAAACAGUCCCCAUUAUGUAUUAUUACUUACCGAGCCAAUCACCAUGAUUCUAAUUCGAUCAAGAUCGUAUCGAUCCACUUCCAUUAUAAUUUAUUGUAAUUUUGUAAAUAAAUUGACAUGUACAUUA